AUUACAAAAUUCUAAUAAAAAAAAACUUGUCUGCAUGAUAAAUGACAUAUUUUGCGUGGGAGAAAGUAAAGCAAAUCUAAAGAAGUAGGAGACCCUAGUUUUUUUGAGAGUGUGCAAUAAUUUUGACGAUCAAUUAAAAGGACAAUCUCAUUUAAAACAGAUCAUUAGGCUAUUGUUUACACAAAAAUACGGUACAUUGACCUUUAUUACAUACUGUAAAGUUGUGACAACUCUUUUAAAAAGAAAGUCAAGAAAUAUUUUUUGGAUUAGUUGAAGAGUUUUGUUAAAAAGAAACACUUUUUUCACAAGGUUAUUUGCGUGUGGUGUACAGCGCGCAAGCAAUAAUAAUUUAAAUUGUGAUUUUUGUUAUGUUGCGUGUACUUUAUUGAGCGUUAGUUGUUGAUGAAGUGCUCAAAAAUCUCAGACUUCCUUAUUGUUAAUACGUAAAUUCAAUUGAUUCUAUUUUUUUAAAGUCUAAUAGCAUUAAACAAAAAAAGUUAAACUUCAUUACUCAUGAAGGAAGAGAAAUUAGAAAAAGAGAAACCGAAAACGGAAAUAGUUAACUUAAAUCAACGUAAAAGAAAAGAACCAUCAAAACCGUCGUUACCAGCUUCAAGUAAAGUAGGUCAAAUGCUCAAGUUUUCUCCUACUGUUGAUUUAUUCGAACCUAUAAAUUGCUGGUGGGAAAAAGAAUUGAAUAAAAAUGGACAACAGUGGUCUUAUUUAGAACAUCAUGGUUUAAUGUUUACUACAAGUUAUAAACCACAUAAUAUACCUAUUAAUUAUAAAAACAAAGAAAUUGUUCUUCCUCCUGCAGCAGAAGAAGUAUCCAACUUUUGGUGCUCUGCUUCAACGUCUGCGUAUGGGACUAAAGAAAAGUUUAUCAAAAACUUUUGGUCAGCUUUGUUGUGCAAAUUGCCGAGUGAUCAUAUAUUGAAAAAAGAAGGUGCUGAGUUUCACCAAGUCGAUUUUUCCAACAUUAAAACGCACUUAGAUGAAUUGACUCGAGCGGCACAAGAAAAAAGAAAAGCUAUGACAAAAGAAGAGCGUGAAAAAGCUAAGCGGGAAAGAGAACAAGAAGAAGGUCCUUUUUCUUAUGCUUUAUUUGAUUGGUUACGUGAGAAAAAUGGAACCUAUAAAACCGAACCUCCAGGUUUAUUUCGUGGACGCGGUGAACACCCAAAAAUGGGACUUUUAAAACGACGAAUUUUUCCUGAAGAUGUUGUAUUAAAUUGUCAUGAAGAUGCGCCGGUUCCACGGCUGCAUCCCGAUAUGCAAGGUCACGCAUGGAAGGAUGUUUAUUUUGAUCCAACAGUUAGCUGGCUAUGUUAUUAUCGUGAUUCUGUCAAUAGUCAAUGCAAAUAUACAUUCUUAGGAGCUGGUUCUUCUGUGAAAGGUCUAAAAGAUUACUUGAAAUAUGAAAAAGCUCGACGAUUAGGGACACGCAUCAAUAUUAUACGUAAAGAUUAUCGAGCUAAAAUGCAAGCUGACAACAUAGUUGAUAAACAAUUAGGAACAGCAACGUAUAUGUUAGAUAUUUUAGCUUUAAGAGUCGGAAAUGAGAAAGAUAGUGAUGAAGAAGCUGAUACUGUUGGAUGUUGUUCUUUACGAAAAGAACAUAUAACCUUUAAUAAAAAAGCAUCAACUAUUACAUUAGAUUUUCUUGGUAAGGAUUCCAUACGGUAUUUGAAUACAGUCAAAGUGGAUUCACUAGCUUUUCGUAAUCUUAGUUUAUUUUGUGAUAAGAAAAGCGCUAGUGCGGACAUUUUCGAUCGCAUUUCGACGGGAGUUUUAAAUCGUUAUUUACGUGAUUUAAUGCCUUCUCUUUCAGCCAAAGUGUUUCGCACGUAUAAUGCUUCAAUAACACUGCAAAAUGAACUUGAUAAGCUGGACGCCUCCGUAGUGGAUAUAAGUAGUCCGGAUAGUAUUAAGCAAUUCUAUGACUGUGCUAACAGGACGGUUGCUAUUUUAUGCAACCAUCAAAGAAGUAUACCCAAACAACAUGAAGUAUCCAUGGAUAAAUUAAAAGAACAACUUGCUAAAACAACCGAAGCUAUGAACGAAUUACAGUGUUACAACGAAUGGUUACAAAAACCACAUGAAAAAAAUGAAGUUUUUCGUUAUCAUCAUAAAUCGGAAAAUCAAGAAGAAAAUUUCACUUCUGUUGUUAAAGCCGGACUUAAAAAAGAUGCUGUUCAAAGAAAAAUUGCUCAAUUAACGAAUAAAAAAAAAUCUCAACUUUUGCGAAUAAAUAUGAAGGAUGCUAAUAAAACUGUCGCUAGUAGUACCUCCAAGCAGCAUUAUAUGGAUCCUCGAAUUUCGGUAUCUUUUUGUAAAAAAUGGGAGUUACCUGUGGAAAAAAUUUUUAAUACAACAUUAAGAAAAAAAUUUCCUUGGGCUAUGUAUGCGCGGUGCGAUUUCGUUUUUUAAAUUAUAAGAGAGCUCGUGUAUACCAAACUUCAUUCUUAAGGAAAAACAACCUUUUCUUUCCGCAAUAAUAUCACAAAAAAUUGACUCUACCAUUUUUCCGAAAUAUCCUUAAUAGUCUUAUUGUGGCAAGGCAGCGUAUAAACUAGCUAAAUAUAAUUUCCGUUUAUUAAUGUCAUCUAUAGAAAACAAAAAUUUAGUGGUGAUUUUUUUUCAUGUGUAUACUUAUUCGUUACCUAAUUCAUCAUUUUCUAUUACUGAGAUCUCUGGAGCUUGGUA